AUGUCCGACGAAGUCAAGCAAGCACAUACCCGGGUUCCGCGCUCCAUCAUCUUCUCUGUCGGAAUGAAUGGUCUCAUGCAACUUAUCUACAUGAUCACCGUUCUCUUCACGAUUGGAGACGUGGAUCGCGCUUCCGCUUCGCCUCUACCAAUUAUCGAAGUCUACUAUCAGGCCACGGGAUCUAAAGCAGCCACAAAUUUGUUCAUGUUCAUGCUGGUCUACAUAAUCUUCGUAUCGUUCUUCAACAUAUUCGCCUCGGUUUCUCGUCUUAUUUGGGCGUUCUCCAAGGACGAGGGAUUGCCGUUCUCGCAUACCUUUGCUAAGGUCCACCCUGAGCUGAGGGUACCGGUCAACGCAUUGUGUCUCAGCGGCCUCUGCGUUUGUAUCCUGGCUCUUAUCAACAUUGCAUCGAGUACGGCGUUCAACGCUCUUAUCUCCCUUCCGGCAAUGGGCUUGUACCUAUCGUACUUUCUGCCCAUCUUGUUCCUUUUCUGGCGUCGGACGAUAAGCGCGAGGCCUCUACCAAUUCCAUGGGGUCCAUUCAAGAUGGGCGCAGCUGGCGCAUACAUCAACGUUGGAGCUUUGUGCUACAUUGUCUUCACCUUUGUUUGGAUGCCACUGCCCACUAUCCUCCCUGUGGACAGGUUCAACAUGAAAAUGCUGGACCGAUUCUAG